AUGUCUUCCUCUUCCCCCCCUCCUCUUCCCUUCCUUCUCUUCCUCUUCCUCCUCCAACGAACUUUACCAAGAUCGGAUUCUUCUUACCUUCCUAAUCCCAUGAUGAUGUCUCCCUCGGAACAGGUGGUGGUGUACGGAAGGACCCUGAACCCGGAGUACGAGUCCUUGGACAUGCUUGACUACACUGCAGGACUCGACACCGUCUUUGCAGCUCUCAUUCUCUUCUUUUUCGUUGCCGUAAACUGGCAGACCAUCGCAUCUACCAUCUCGUUCGGAGCCAAGCUGCUUGCAGCCAUUUUUUCUCCUCUCGAGUUCCUCGUGUCGCGCUUCGACGCGUUCAAGAGAUGGAUGGCCACCCGCCAGAUGGAGCGUCGCGUUUCUGACCUCUGUAAUUGGUACUUUCCUUCCCGUCGUCCCAUUGCCAUGGCCUUCUGGGUUUUUGCCACACUGGUCACGAUCAACUGGACCUGUCAAGAUCUUUUGGCUCCCAGCUACCAUCUCUUGUAUGGCGCCGUCGGUGGCAUGGGACCCACAGGCUGGGAUCACUGGGAAUACUGUCUCAACCUUGAUCGUGGUUCUCCCGCAGGACGGUGGUCCAACAGUCGGCGGCUCCAGGGAUUCCAUUGUGUCGGGGUAGACAUUGGCGUGGAGUUGUUUUCUGUCUUGGAAGACCACAUCCCAACGUUCAGCGUUGGAGAUGAUAUCGAACAUCUCCGUAUCUUUCGCUUCGUCGGCUUCUUUUUCACUCUCGCCAGCAUUAUUGCUUUGGCUGUCAUCGGCAUCACUCAAUCUUCUCUUUUCAAGGCUAUUAAGAUGCUUUGCUGGACACGUAUCGAAUCAAAGAACGGUCCUGAAGAUGAGGUACAGCCCCAAGAUACAGCGUUGCUCGAGCAAGUCAAACUUCUUUCGGCCAAGAUUGGCACCUAUGAAGCAAUGCUGGAAGAGGUACGAGGCCAGCUGGCCGCAAAGACCGAGCAGGUGAACGGAAUGGAGGAGCGUUCUGACGAACUCCGGUCGAAAAAUCAGAUGCUGGCUGCCCGUGACGAGAAAGCCAAGGCUGCCCAGCAAGAAGAUCUGAUAAAUAAGCUUCGCCAAGAGCUAGACCGGGUUAAUUGUCUACUUAUCAUGGCUAACGGAAGAGCGCGGGCGCAUUACAAGUCUGACUCUCGGGAGCAGACUCUCGCCAAUCGUGUCGCCGAGUUGGAGAAGCAACUAGCUAUGAAGACUGAAGCGGAUGCCAACUCUCGAGGCAUUAUUGAGUCGCUUCAAGCAGAGCUCCAGGUUCGGACCGAAGAGGCCAACGCCAUCGCGAGCCGUCUCGUUACCGUCGAAGCUCAGAAACUCCGUGCUGCAGAGGAGGAAGUUCUCCGCAAGGAUACAGAGAUCCGUCAACUCCAGGAACGACUUCAAGUUCAGGAGGAUCAGUCCUACGAGCGGGCGAUGGAACUUAGCGCCGCCGAAGACCAGCUUACUAGCCAAGACGUUCUGAUCCAUGACUUGCAGGAACGAAUCCGGGCUCAAGAGGCAACACCCCAGGUGCAGGCCACGGAACAUCACGCCGCCGAAGAGCAGCUUUCUAGCCAAGCCGUUCUGAUCCAUGACCUGCAGGAACGAAUCCGGGCCCAGGAGGCAGCACCCCAGGUGCAGGCCACGGAGGAACUUCACGCCGCCGAAAAAGUGCUGCAGAUGAAGGUCGCGGAAAUUCAAGACCUGGAAGGACAACUUCAGUUCUACCAGGCACAGUGCCAGAUGCAAGCAGCAUAUCUCGGUGAAGCAGAAGAACAAGUCAAUGGCCUGCGGGCCCAGCUCGGAGAAUACCACUACGUAGUGGAACAACUGCAUCUCAAGGAAGAGGAGCUCCGCAUCUUGAAGGGCCAGCACGAAAAGCUGGAGGGAGAGGGUCGUGAAAAGCAGGAAGAACUAGAUUAUCUCUCUGUCCAGUACGACUCGUUGUUCGAGGAUCAUGUGGAUCUUCAGACAAGGUUGGAGGGGGAUGAGGCUGCCCAGGAAAAUCUGGGUCUGCGGGUCGAGGUCAACGCGGUGAAGGCGUUCGCUGAAGAGAAGGUAAGGGAAGCCGAGGAGAGGAUGAUGGAGGCCGAGGCGGUCGCAAAUGCCCUCCGGCAGGCCGACAGAGGACUGCGCGAGACAAUGCAAGGCCUCAAGAAGGCCUACGAUGAUGAGGUGGAGAGAUACGAUGACGAGGUCGAGAAGGAACGUGCGGCUGCCAACGAGGCUCGGAAGCAGGUGAAGGGUCUGGCGGAGGAGCUCAAGGAGAUGUCGCAGCAAGUCGGCAUCGCCUUGAGGGAUGCUCAGCGCUUCCAGGAGCAGAAGGAGGGCACCGAGGCGGAGAUGGACAAGCUCGAGGGCGUCAAUGACGUCCUUGAGCACCGUCUGAAGUAUUGGGAGAGGAGUGAGAGUUCGCAAGAGAUUCCCAAGCGCCGUACGGGCGACUUGGGGUCUCUUGCGACGGCCCUGGACUCGUCCAGGGUCGAAAUCUCCAGGCAGCAGACGGAGAUAAACCGUCUGCAUGCCCUCCUCCGUCAAGCUCAGACGGAGUCCGCCGCCUCAGCCCCCUCUGCUCCCUCCGACCAGGCCCUUCAAGACAGCGUCAACCGCCUGCGCCAGGCCUUGGAGGCCGAGAAAAGACAGCGAACCGAGGAGCAGGUUCGCUGGGGCCGGCGGGUG